AUGAAACCUUGGAAUAAAAAUAAAGCUAAUUCUUUAUUAUUAAAAGAUUAAGUUGGAGCUGCGAAAUAAUCAAUUUAUACAAUUCCAAAUGAUAUUUAUUUUGGCAAAGCAAUUGUUCAUGAUAAUGAAGGAGCAUAAUAAGGUAAAAUUAAUUUCUUUCAUAUUAGUAACUUCAACUUGGUACUAUCAUAAUAAUAGUGAAGUAAGUCCUUAAGAUAGAGAUUUUAUGAAAUUGAAUAAAAUGUGUAUUUCAAGUAAAUUACAUGAUUAGAAGCAAUUUUAUCUUUUCAGAAAAAGUAACGAUGCAAAGGUUUUUAGAAGAAGAGGUUGUAGUUAAAUUGAAAUGAAUUUACCAGAUGAAAAUUUUAGAUAUGGCAAACCAUAUUUACCUUAAUCUCCUAUGAAAAAUGUUUUAAGUGGUAGUUAUAUGAAUGAAGCAGAACAAUUAAUGGAUAAGAAAUAUGAUGCUAUCUCAAAAUAUAAAUAAUAAUAAAAUAAAAGGCCAUCAACUGCUACAAAACAUACUAAAGCAAGUAAAUUGGCUUAAUAAAGCUUAAUAAAAUCAUUAAAUAAAACACAAUAACCACUAUUCAAGUUAAAAGAAUUUGAUAAAGUGGAACCUAAAACUAAAACAAGAUUUUGA